CACCAAAAAUCUUGAUAGAGCCGGAGCCAAUGACAACGUCCGAGUCGAUGAGCAGUCAGCAGAAACCUCAGAAAAGAUCAACAAAGAAUCGAUCCUUUGUGAUACCAGCGGCCACGCCAAUGACCCGUCUGCGACAGACGAGUCACAAGAAGGACACAGAUAAUAAUACAAUAAUAAAAGAAACUGAGACAGUUUCUAAAUCACCGGAGAAAGAUAAACUUUAUUCUGCAUCUGUACUUAUUCCAGUGAUGUCAGACAUUCUUCCUUUGGCUGCUGAGCUGCAAACCCCAGUCAAGGUUAGAUCUACAAGAAGGAAAGCCUAUUUGGUGAACCCAGUCGACAGCCCUAUAAAUUUUCUGAGCCCCGGCCCAUCCAAACCUGCUCCACAAAGGUCAGACUCAAACAAGACAAAAACCACCCGAAAACCUUCGCCUGGUCGGACUCUAAACCAACAGCCAUUUCAUGGCAUGGUGCUCAGGCCUAAAGCAGCCCCAGUGAAAAAACGAAAGUUAUGAUAGCUAUUAUUAAUUAACUGAUUAAUUAAAAAGACUCAAUCAAAUUCCAGUCUGGGGGAAUGAAAUGCAAGGAGUUCUUCUAUGACUGGUUGAUUGUGCUUGUUGUUUGUUGUUGAGUUGAAAUUCGCUGCCAGGGACAACUUCGAUUGAUGACAGCGAUGUGGUUGUUAAAUGUACCAGUCAUACACUGGGGAGAGGGAGGGUCACAGACACACACACACAACAGACUGUACUCCACUUCCUUGUGGCCAUGGGUCAAUGUAAAAAUUUCACAUUGUAUCAAUAAUAAUAAAAAUAAUGAUGAUAAUAAUAAUAAGAAUAAUAAUAAUAAUGUUGGUGAUGAUUACAAUCCAGCUUGGAGUCUUUGCCUUUCACGUGUGAUGUCAAUGGUACCGGUAAUAUACUGGAUACAUUAUGUUGAUAGUUGUCCUCUGGUUCAAGGGAGUUGUUCUGCCCACCUGUGAGAAAAGGACCCUCGACUACAGGACUCGAUCCUGGUUGUAUUUAAUUCCUUUUGUUUUUAUUCUUUUUACUUUUUUUUUUUUUUUAGCUUCACACAUCAGAAUUUCAUGUUCAAAUCACAGAGGAAGGAACUUGACAUUUGAGUCUGGAUAGCUCCCUGCUAACCAGCUCCAUGUCAAGCAGUCCAACUGAUGAUGAUGAUGAUGAUAUAUAUAUAUGUAUGUAUAUAUAUAUAUAUAUAUAUAUAUAAUUUUAUAUAAAAAUAUAUAUGUAUAUUCUAUAAUUAUUUAUAUAUACUAUAAUUAUAUAUGUAUAUAAUAUGAUCAUAUAUAUAUAUAUAUAUAUAUACAUCACAUAUAAUUAUACACAUAAACACAUACUUGUACACUAAUAUUUAUAUAUUUUGUGUGUGUGUGUGUAUGUGUAUAGUUUACUUUUGUUUAAAGUAAAGAAAAAUCUGAUUUAAAAUUUUUAUUUCCUUAUAUGGACAUGUUUGUGCAUUUGAUGUUUUAAGUGUUUGAUUGAAAGUCUUGUUUCAUUGGUUGUCAUUUCGGUCUGCUGGAAACUGCAGGGAGGUUUUAUGCUCUUGGUCUUUAGUUUCCUGCAGACCAAAGUCUGUCUGACCCUGGAGGGCCUUCAGAAUUUUAGUGCUCUUCUCUGUAUAUUUAACUUUGAUGGCUGAUACAAGGGAAGCUUGAUUCUCGUAUGUAGACCAGCUUAUCAUGUAUUGGACAGAGAUUGUGUUUAGUUGUUUUGUUCCCCUAACACUAAACAAUGUUGCACAUGUUUAUAUAUACACGCACCUGUGUGUUAUGUGUAUAUAAUUUUUUAAAAUUAUUUUACUUCAGUGUUAAUGUAUAUAAGUGUGUGUGUCUGUGUAUGUAUAUACACACAUACAAACUCACAUGCACAUGUACAUAGUAUAAGAUAAUUCUUUAUCCAAAAUACUGAAAUCUGAAAAUCUCAAACGAGCAAAAAAACAUCACAAAUUGAAAAUUCUCCCUAAAAUGGCUCAGAAUUUUACUUCUACAAUAUUUAAUUUUUAAGAAGGGAUUUCACUGAUUUCGUUUAGUUUUAAAACAUCCCAACAGUGGGAAAUAUGUUUCUGAGAAAUAUUCCUGUCUUUAGAUCCUGUUUUAUAAAUGCUUCAUACUUAUUUCAGUAUUCUAGAAAUUACCAUUUAUCAUUUCCACUUUUGGAAAAUUGGUUUUCACUUGGAUUUGCUGCAAAUUAGUGAUUCCAAUCUUCUGUAGUUCCUGGAAUUGUUGAGUAUACAAAGAGAUUAGUUACUUGUUUCUUUGUAAUUGGUCAAAUUGAUGGAGAACCCUCUGAUGAGAUUUGAAAAUCAGUUAAGGUUGUUAUUUUUUGUUAAACAGCUAAACUAGCCCUGUUUGUAAGGGUGCUGUGUGUAAGUUGUAUAAAUCCUCUCUUGAUCUUGUGCAGACAGAUCCUGGGCCCCUGAUAUUUAAAAAUGAAGUGUUAACAUCUACUGUAGGAAAAUUAGUUGCUCCAGUUUUCUUUAUCUACUGUAAUUGUUGAAUAUAUGAAUAGAUUGGCUGGUUGUUUCUCUGGGGAAAUCGAUUUUAUAUAUAUAUAUA